GACUAAAUCGCCGGAGGCGAGAGGAAAAAAGAAGCACCAGAGUGCGAAUCUCCGGAAGUGCUUUCUCGUGUGAGGUCACUACCGGCGGCAAGAACGAAACAAAAUGCAGCAGCCAACGACGACGAACGGGAACCCGGCGCAGGGUGGACAGGCCGAAAACGAGCCAGACGAAAUGGAACGGGAUUUGGCCGAAGAUGCCGUCUGGAAGCGAAUCCAGCAAAAUACUUUCACGAGAUGGGCCAAUGAACACCUCAAAACCGUGGAUAAAAACAUCACUAAUUUAGAGACUGAUUUAUCCGAUGGGUUACGUCUUAUAGCAUUAGUUGAAGUUUUGUCCGGCAGACGACUUCCAAAACAUAACAAACGUCCCAAUUUCCGCUCUCAGAAGUUGGAAAAUGUGUCUGUGGCUCUGAAGUUCUUAGAAGACGAUGAAGGGAUUAAAAUUGUUAAUAUAGAUAGUACUGAUAUAGUAGAUUGCAAGCUCAAGUUAAUCCUUGGUUUAAUAUGGACCCUUAUUCUGCACUAUUCCAUUUCCCUUCCGAUGUGGGAAGGCGAAGAAGGCGAUUCGGUCUUCGACAAGAAAGGCGGACCCACUCCAAAACAAAGGCUGCUUGGAUGGAUUCAAAACAAACUUCCAGAUUUGCCCAUCAACAACUUCAAUUCCGACUGGAACGAUGGCCGGGCUGUUGCAGCUUUGGUGGAUGCUUUGGCUCCAGGUUUAUGUCCGGACUGGGUUAACAUGAAACCCGAGAAUGCAUUGAAGAAUGCUAAAGAAGCAAUGGAUCUUGCAGAUAAUUGGUUGGGUGUUCCUCAAUUGAUCAAACCAGAGGAAAUGGUGAAUCCGAAUGUAGAUGAUCUGUCCAUGAUGACGUACCUUUCACAGUAUCCAAAAGCAGAGCUCAAACCUGGUGCUCCAUUGAGACCUAAAACAAAUCCCAACAGAGUACGGUGCUAUGGCCCUGGAAUUGAACCAACUGGUGUUAAUGUUAAUGCACCUACUAUGUUUACUGUGGAAACAUUCAGUGCCGGAAAAGGGAAUGUUGAAGUCUUUGUUGAAAAUCCGAAAGGAAAACUUGAACCUGUUGAGAUCAAGUUUAAUGAUGAUAGAAGCAAAACAUACACUGUAAAAUAUACUGCUAAAAUUGAAGGUCUUCAUAAGAUUAAAGUAUUAUUUUCUGGCAAAGAAGUGCCUAAGAGCCCGUUCUCGGUAAUGGUGGAAGGCCUUGCUGGUGACCCAUCCAAAGUAACUGCAUCAGGACCUGGCUUAGAACCUACUGGAGUAAUGGUGGGAAAACCAACCUACUUUGAUAUUUUCACAAAAGAUGCUGGGCGCGGACAAGUAGAGGUUAUAAUUCUCGAUCCCAAAGGCAAUAGGAACACAGUGCCAUGCAGAAUUAGGAAAACUGAAGACAAUGUAUAUCGCUGUGAAUAUGUUGCUCAGACUACUGGGAUGCAUUCUGUGAAUGUCUUCUUUGCCGGGCAACAAAUACCAAAGAGUCCAUUUGGUGUGAAAGUUACUCCAGUUUGUGACGCUCGCAAAGUAAAAGCUACUGGCAGAGGACUCCAGAAAAGAGGCGUUAGAGUGAAAGACAUUGCUGAUUUCAAAAUUUUUACCGAAAACGCUGGAGAUGGAGUAUUAGAUGUCAAAGUAAUUGGUCCAGGUGGCGUUCCAGAGAAACUUGAUAUGCGUAAAGUUGAUGAACACACCUAUGAAUGUGCUUAUUAUCCUAAAACUGAAGGCCGAUACAUUGUUACUAUUUCUUAUGGUGGUCAAGAUAUUUUCAAGAGCCCAUAUGAAGUUAAUGUUGGUCCUUAUAAGGAAUCUAAAAUUCGUGUCUAUGGGCCUGGGCUGUAUGGAGGUGUUGUUGGCUACCCAGCCCGGUUUAUUGCAGAAACAAAUGGUGAAACUGGAACACUUGGGUUCGAAGUGAAGGGACCUUCUCAUGCUCAAAUUAAAUGUCAUGACAAUGAAGAUGGGUCUGCUGUUGUUGAAUAUUUCCCUACUGCACCAGGAGAAUAUGCUGUACAUAUAAUGUGCGAUAAAGAAGAUAUACCUAAAUCUCCAUACACACCAAUUAUCUUGCCAAAAACAGAUUAUCAUCCAGAAAAGGUUGAAGCCUAUGGACCUGGAUUACAACCAUCUGGUGUAGUUCAGGAUCAUCCAACAGAUUUCACUAUUGACUGUAGGAAAGCUGGGGGCCAUGCGCCCUUGGACGUCAGUGUCAUGGAUGAAGAAUAUAAACCUGUUGAUAUAAAAGUACAAGAUAAUCAAGACGGAACAUUUAAAGCUACAUACCGUCCAACCAAAAAGAACAGACAUACAGUUCAAGUCAACUAUGGUGGUGUAGCCAUUCCUAAAAGUCCCUUUAGAGUCAAUGUGGGAGAACCAACAGAUUCUAAUAAAGUUAAAGUGUUUGGACCUGGUGUUGAACCUGGAGUAAAAGCUAAAUCACCUACUCAUUUUAAUAUUGAUUGUAGAGGGGCUGGUGCAGGUGAUGUAAAAGUAAAAAUAACUGACGAAAAGGGAGGCCUCGUUCCCAUACAAGUUUUAGACAAUGAAGAUGGCACAUACUCUGCAGAUUAUAUGGCACCUGCUCCUGGAAAUUAUAAGGUUUCUGUCAAUUUUGCUGGAAAAGACAUACCAAAUAGUCCAAUUAAAGUAAAAGUUGAACCUCAGGUAGAUGUCAGUAAAAUAAAAGUAGAUGGAUUGGAGCCAAGUGUGUAUAUCGAUUCACCUACUGACUUCAUUCUUGACGCAAGAGCUAUUUCUAAACGUAGUGAUGCUAAAGUUCAAUGUACAAUUAUUAACCCAUCUGGAGCAAGAACAGAUUCUUUUGUUCAAAGUCUAAAUGAUGGAACUUACAGGAUUUGUUACACUCCAUUUGAGGAAGGAAAUCAUACUAUUGACAUAACUUAUGAUGGCUUACCUGUUCCUGGUAGUCCUUUCAAAGUAAAUGUCUUGAGAGGAUGUGACCCAAGAAAAGUCAAAGCUUUUGGUCCAGGCUUGGAACAUGCAAUUGUUAAUCAGGUUAACACAUUCACUGUCGAAACUAAAGGUGCUGGUCGUGGAGCUUUAGGUUUAGCCAUUGUGGGACCAGUAGAACCUAAAAUGACAUGUCGUGACAAUAGAGAUGGCUCCUGUACUGUUGAAUAUGUUCCACUUGAAGUUGGCACACAUGAGAUUGGUGUUAAAUUUGCUGAUCAAGAUGUUCCUGGAAGUCCAUUUAAAAUCAUGUGUACAGAAGCAGUGGAUGCCAGCAAAGUGAAAGCUUACGGUCCUGGUGUUGAACCCAACCAAUGUCGUGCUGGAAAACCCCUCCCAUUCACAGUGGAUGCCUCCAAAUCAGGAAAAGCACCCCUUGAUGUGAAAAUUUCAACAGAAAAAGGUCCUUUGCCUACCAAACCUGAGAUCAAAGAUAAUGGUAAUGGAACCUACAAUGUGUCAUAUGUUCCACCACCUGAGGGUAGUAAAUGUAAUGUCAAUGUUGUUUAUGGAGGAAAAGAAAUACCUGGAAGUCCAUUUCAGAUGAAAGUAAAACCUGCAGUGGAACCAGAAAAAGUCAAACUGUCUGGACCUGGCUUACAGAGUAAAGUGCCAGCAAGUCUCCCAGUUGAAUUUACUAUUGACACGAAAGAAGCUGGCCAAGCCAAUUUGGAUGUUACAAUUAAAAGACCAGAUGGCAAGCCUCUCAAAUCUCAAGUAAUUGACAAUAGAGAUGGUACACAUAAAGUGAAAUAUGUGCCAGAAGAUGUGGGACCUCAUACUAUUUCUGUAAAAUAUGGUGGCAAAGAAGUACCCAACUGUCCUGUCACUGUAAACAGUUAUGCAGUUGGACAAGCUGAUAAAUGCAAAAUAACAGAGGGUGUCCAAGAAAAAGUUUCUAUCAAUGAUGAGUACUGUGUGACUGUCAAUGCUGAUCAAGCUGGCACAGGCUCUGUAACAUGUCAUGUUACUAGCACUAAUACAACUGGCGAUGUUGACAUUCAAGUUGAUGAUAAUGGCGAUGGCACUUUCUCAAUAUUUUAUUCCGUCAAAGAAGUAGGCGAUUACACAAUAAAUAUUAAAUUUGGAGGAAAUCCUGUUCCUGGUGGAAGUUUUUCAUUCCAGGGUGUCAAAGAACAUAUUGAAAAGAAGACUGUUACCAAAACUCGUACAACUCAUUCCAGAACUACUCAGUACAGAAGUGUAGAGUUACGUAGCAUACCUGUACCUUCCAGGUCUGCAGACCAACUCACUGCUGAAAUAAAAAUGCCAUCAGGGAAAUAUGACAAACCGGAGAUCGUAGACAAUCAAGAUGGGACGAUUUCCAUCAAAUAUGAUCCAAGAGAGGAAGGACUUCAUGAGCUUCACCUGAAGUUUAAUCAGGAACACAUACCAGGAAGUCCUUUCAAAAUAUAUGUUGACUCAAUUUCAAGUGGGUUCGUUACAGCUUGUGGUCCAGGUUUAACUCGAGGCGUUGCUGGUGAACCGGCUAAUUUUACCAUUUACACGAAAGAUGCUGGUGCUGGUGGACUUUCUGUUUUGGUUGAGGGGCCAUCUCAAGCCGAAAUCACCUGCCAUGACAAUAAAGAUGGCACUGUCUCUGUUAAUUACUUACCUGCUGCUCCUGGUGAAUAUAAGAUCAUUGUAAAAUUUGCCGAUAAGCAUAUUAAAGGCAGCCCUUUUACUGCCAAAAUAACAGGAGAAGGACGCAAAAGAAAUCAAAUCUCAGUUGGUCACUCCAGUGAAGUUUCACUGAAGACAAUGGAAAAAGAUACAAAAACUCUUAAUGCUAGCAUCGUAUCUCCUAGAGGUUUAGAGGAACCUUGCUUCUUAAAAACAUUGCCAAAUGGACACUUAGGUAUUUCUUUCACACCAAGAGAGCCUGGAGAGCAUUUAGUAAAUGUUAAAAGGCAGGGCACUCACGUCCAGGGAAGCCCAUUUAAAAUUAAUGUUUUGGAAGGAGAAAUUGGUGAUGCAUCUAAAGUCAAGGUAUUAGGAAAUGCAAUCAAAGAAGGGAAAACCCACACGGCAAAUGCUUUCACUAUUGAUACCAAAGAAGCUGGAUUUGGUGGUAUUAGUCUUUCUGUCGAAGGACCUAGCAAAGCUGAUAUUCAGUAUAAAGAUAACGGAGAUGGAACAUUAACUGCCAGCUAUCAACCUACUGAACCUGGUUAUUAUAUAAUCAAUCUGAAAUUUGCUGACCACCAUGUUCCUGGAAGUCCAUUUACUGUGAAAGUAUUAGGUGAAGGUUCUAAUGUUCAAAGAGAAUUUAUUAAAAAGCAGAGAGAAUCUGUCCCAGUCAUUGAUGUCGGAACGGAAUGCAGACACACUUUUAAACUUCCAGGUACCAGUGCAUUUGACUUGGCUGCCCGUAUAACAUCCCCGUCUGGCGUCACUGAAGAUGCAUCAAUAACUGACUUGGAUGACUGCUUGUACAGUGUUCAGUUUGUACCCAAAGAAGUUGGUGUGCACACUGUCAGUGUUCGAUGCAAUGAUAUUCACAUACCUGGAUCUCCUUUCCAGUACACAGUAGGACCAUUUAGGGAUCAUGGAGCUCAUAGGGUUCAUGCCGGUGGCCCUGGAUUAAUGAGAGGAAAUACGAAUGAGCCAUGUGGGUUUAAUGUAUGGACACGUGAAGCUGGUGCUGGAGGUUUAGCAAUAUCUGUGGAAGGACCAUCAAAAGCAGAUGUUGAUUUUAAAGAUCGUAAUGAUGGAUCCUGUUAUGUCACUUACAAAGUAACAGAACCAGGUGAUUACCGUGUUGGGAUCAAAUUCAAUGAACAACACAUCCCAGACAGCCCUUUCAAUGUCUAUAUCAUGCCCCCAGCUGGGGAUGCCUCAAAAAUUGAACUUGGUGAAGCCCCUGAUAAAGCGCAUGUAAAUAAGCCUGUCACUAUGAAUAUCAUUAUGAAUGGAGCAAAAGGAAAUUUGGAUGGUAAAGUUAUAUCCCCAUCAGGAGCCCAAGAUGACUUAUUCAUAGCUCCUUUAGACAAUGAACAGUGGGCUCUUCGAUUUGUACCCCGUGAAAAUGGUAUUCAUUUGAUCCACAUCCGCUGUGAUGGUAUCCAUAUUCCUCAGAGUCCACAUCGCUUACGAGUAGGUGCUGAUGAUGCUGAUCCAGCAGCUGUUCAAGCCUAUGGCCAAGGCUUAAAGGAGUGCAAGUCUGGUCAAAAGACAGAUUUCAUUGUUGAUACUUGCAGUGCUGGUAUUGGUACUUUAUCAGUCACUAUUGAUGGACCAUCAAAAGUUUCUAUGGAUUGUACUGAAGUUGAAGAAGGUUACAAAGUCCGUUAUACACCCUUAGCUCCUGGAGAUUAUUUCAUAACUGUGAAGUACAAUGGUUACCAUAUUGGUGGAAGCCCUUUCAAAGUUUUUUGCUCUGGCCAUGCAGUUACUGAUGUCGGAGCAAAAGAGCAGUCAAAUGUGGAAGUCCGUACCGUUGCAAAACAAGCCAAGCAAAAGGCAGAUCAUCUGCCAAGGUUUCGAUCGGAUGCCAACAAAGUUACUAGUAAGGGAAUUGGAUUGAAAAGAGGACAUAUCCACAAACCUAGUAAUUUCACAGUGAAUUGUGGUGAAGCUGGUAACAAUGUUCUGUUUUGUGCUGUUUUCGGUCCCAAAGGUCCUUGCGAAGACAUACACGUAAAACACAUGGGGCGCAAUUUGUAUAAUGUAAAUUACACAGCGAAAGAAAAAGGCGACCAUAUUGUCAUUGUAAAAUGGGGAGAUGAUCACAUACCCGGAAGUCCAUUCAAAGUCGAAGUCUCAUAGAUUGCAGCCUAACUAACAAUCGGUGCAUUCAAACUUCCAUACAUAGAUCAAAACAUGGUCCGCGUGGAAGCUCCAAAAAAAAAAAGACUUUUGUAUUCACAUGAUGCCAAACGUCCCAUUGUGAGUUACUGCUGGUUUAAUAGGUGUUGUUUUGUUUCUGUUUUCUUUUCAUGUGUUGUUGAUCGUACAUGUUAGGAAGACGAUUAGCUUGUGAAAUUGAAAUAAAUUUGUCUUGUUUUUGCGCCCUUUCUGAAUCUCAAUCUUUUGAAAUCCUUCUUUAAUCUAAUCAAAAUUAAAAUUAUUAAGUUACAUAUAAAUAUUUUGAUAUGCUUCAUGAAACAUGACUUGUUACGUUUUAUAAAUAUUUAUUUGAUGUUCCUGGUUUUACUUUUUUAGAUUAUUUCUUAAAAUACUUAUAACGUCUUGCAAAAUUUUUUGGACGGGUAAAAGUUUUAUUUGCAAUUGGUUUUAGACUUACACAUCUAUUUAAAUCUUUAUUAUGAUUUUACAUUUAAUGCGUAUGUAAUUUACUCUACUUAACAUUAUUGUCCAAAACUCCCAUGUGCAAUUUCAUUAGUUUUAUAAAUUUUAUUUGAAAAAAGUUUUUGUUCAAAUUUUACCUUUUGGUAUUAUAGAAUUGUAUUGAUAUUGAAUUUAAAAAGUCAACUGUUGUAUUUUUCAAAUGAAUUAUUGUUGCAUGAUGUUGAAGAUAAGAUAUUUUAAUGUUCUUUAAAAUAUGGUGCUUUCUAAAACAAUCCUGAAAUUGUGUUUCAUGCUUCUGUAUAAAGAUCAAAUAAAAUUGUUCUUGC